UGAGUCUAAGUGAGGCGACAUUCAGCUAUUUCCCCAAAGCUUGAAGUGCAGUAACAGGAGCCAACAUGGUUGUGUGGAGCGAACAGGAGCGCUGCAUCAUCGAUGGCAUCUUUAAGGGCCUUGACUACAAUGACAUCGGCGGCAAAGCUCUGUGCAGGUGCUUGAUCGUGUAUCCAUGGACUCAGCGUUACUUCGCCGGAUUUGGCAACCUGUACAACGCCGAGGCCAUCCUGGCCAACCAGAAAGUCUUAGAUCAUGGCGCAAAGGUGCUGCACGGCGUGGACCUGGCCCUGAAGAACAUGGAUAACAUCAAGGAAUGUUACAAAGACCUGAGCAAGCUGCACUCAGAAGAGCUGCACGUUGACCCCGACAACUUCAAGCUGCUUUCUGACUGCCUCUCCAUCGUCAUCGCUGCCAAAAUGGGUGUAAACUUCACUCCAGAAGUACAGGCAGCCCUGCAGAAGUUCAUGGGUGUGGUUGUGUCCGCUCUGAGCAAGCAGUACCACUAAACAUGCAGCCUCAUAACCAGACAUCCGACGGAGACCUCACCUGCUCUAAAAGACGUCUCCUUUCAUAAACCAAUAAA